AUGAAGAAGAAGCUUGGAAUGGGACAGUACGGGGAUGUUUAUGAAGCUUUAUGGUUACCUUUUAAUCGAACUGUUGCUGUUAAAUCUUUAAAGGAAGACCAAAUGGCACUGCCAGACUUUCUAGCUGAAGCAGCAAUAUUAAAAGAAUUACAUCAUGAAAAUUUAGUUGAAUUACUUGGAGUUUGCACUAGAGAAGCUCCUUAUUUUAUUAUUUGUGAUUUUAUGUCACGCGGAAAUCUUUUAGAUUUUCUUCGUCAAAGUGAAAAGGAAGAUCUUCCUUGCGAAAAACUUUUGCAUAUGUCAACACAAGUAGCUGCUGGAAUGGCUUAUUUAGAAUCUAGAAAUUUUAUUCAUAGGUAG